GGAAGUGACUCCGAACAGGAAGAGGACGAAAAAAAAUAACCGUCCGCGACGCCGAGCCGAAGCGGACCUGCAGCCACCAUGAACAGCAAAGGCCAAUAUCCGACGCAGCAGACCUACCCGGUGCAGCCUCCCGGGAACCCCGUGUACCCUCAGACCUUGCACCUCCCCCAGGCCCCACCCUACACGGAUGCUCCGCCCGCCUACUCAGAGCUCUAUCGUCCGAGCUUUGUGCACCCAGGAGCUGCCACGGUGCCCACCAUGUCGGCUGCAUUUCCUGGGGCCUCUCUGUAUCUUCCUAUGGCCCAGUCCGUGGCCGUUGGGCCUUUGGGUUCCACUAUCCCCAUGGCUUACUAUCCAGUCGGUCCCAUCUACCCGCCGGGUUCAGCAGUGCUGGUGGAAGGAGGCUACGAUGCAGGUGCCAGAUUUGGAGCCGGGGCUACUGCUGGCAGCAUCCCUCCGCCUCCUCCUGGAUGUCCUCCUAAUGCCGCUCAGCUUGCAGUCAUGCAGGGGGCCAACGUCCUGGUAACUCAGCGGAAGGGAAACUUCUUCAUGGGUGGCUCGGACGGUGGCUAUACCAUCUGGUGAGGAACCAAGGCCUCCCCUGUGCCGGGAAAGACAUCACAUACCUUCAGCACUUCUCACAAUGUAACUGCUUUAGUCAUAUUAACCUGAAGUUGCAGUUUAGACACAUGUUGUUGGGGUGUCUUUCUGGUGCCCAAAUGUUCAGGCACUUUUCCAAUUUAAUAAGGAACCAUGCAAUGGUAGCAGUACCUCCCUAAAGCAUUUUGAGGUCGGGGGGUGGGUAUCCAUUCAUAAAAUGAAUGCGGGUGCAGCAGCCCUGAGGACCUUCCCUUUAUUCCUCUGGAGUAAUACUGUACCAUACUGGUCUUUGCUUUUAGUAAUAAAACAUCAAAUUAGGUUUGGAGGGAACUUUGAUCUUCCUGAGAAUUAAAGUUGCCAAAUUAUUCUGAUUGGUCUUUAAUCUCCUUUAAGUCUUUAAUUUCUAUUACUUGUUAUAAACAAAUCGCAUUAGUUGUCUGCCUUCCCCUUUCUGUCCCUUGCCCCACAUCUCACUGGAGGGCUAGUCUUCCUCGCGCCAGUCUCCAUUGACCCAGUGGUGCAGGACAGAAAGCAGUUGGAUUGGCUUCCUUCUCUGCUUGCACAUCCCCUGCUCGUCACCCUUUCACCAGUCUUUGGCAAGGACCCUCUGAGCCCUGUUGGAGCUUCAGGUGCAGACCCCAGGACUCCCGUGUCUCCCCAGGCAGAGUCAGGGAUGUCUUCUGGCCUCCUCAGAGCUUCUCUGCGUACACAGCCCCAGCCCAGAUUUGCUCUGGUGCCGGGGAAACCAGAAGUGAGUUCGUUUAAGACGGGAGUGGCAAGGAGGAUGCCAUUCAAAAGCCCAAUUGACAUCCUUAGAGCCAAAUUCAAGGGAGAUUUCAGAUGCAGAAUUGGUUACCACUAUUGUGGGAGUGUCUGAUGCAGCCACUCCUGGCUCCCCAGAAUUCCCAAACCAGGUUAAUGGGUCACAUUGUGAAUGCCUCACUGUAAAAUGACUUGAGUCCAGUGAAAUCUCAUUAGGGUUAAGACUAUUUCAGGGAUCCUUAAUAUUCUGAUUUUUGUUUUCUGAAAUUGGAUUUUAUUUUAUAAUUUCAGUUCAUCUAAAUUUUUGUUCUGUACAUGUGAUGUUUGACUGUACCAUCGACUGUUAUGGAAGUUCAGCGUUGUAUGUCUCUCUCUACACUGUGGUGCACUUAACUUGUGGAUUUUUUAUACUAAAAAUGUAGAAUAAAGACUAUUUUGAAGAUUUGAAUAAAGUGAUGAAGUUGCAUUACACCUCA